UAAAUUUGUACACAUUCUUAAUGUUAAAUUUACUAUAGGAUACUACAGACGGAAGAAAGACAGCUAUACCUCUUAAAUUCUAUCUUUAUUACCCCAAAUUCGUUCCUUCUUCUUCCUGUGGAUCACGUGAAAAUGUACCUUGAUGAUACCAUUUCCUUCGAGAGCAACACAAGCGAGAAACUAUCGAGAGUAUUUCUUGCUAAUGAGAGUAGCUGUCAGACCGUGAUUUAACUCUCGGAGAGCGAUCGUGUAGCAACUUCCAUAAAAAUCUAUACUUGGUAAUAACGCUAUCGGAGAGCUGCUCUCGAAAUAGUGAGCAGUUUCAAAUCCUGAGAGUACUGUCGAAAGAACUACUGGAGAGGUGUCGACGCAUUUGAUGUAAUAAAUUAAAAAAUGACUGUACGAAAAGAAUGGUCGAGGGAGGAGACCUUCAAUUUGAUCAGUAUUUAUGAGAAGAGUUCGGUAUUAUGGGACGUAAAAAACAGUGAAUACAGAAAUCGAGACAGAAAAAAUAAAAUAAUACAAGAAAUGGCGGAAAAUUUUCAAUGUUCGUCAGAAGAGAUACAACGAAAGUUGCAUAAUUUAAGGAACCAGAUGUCACAGGAAUUAAGAAAGAUGGUGAAGAAGAAAAAUAGAAAUGGAACAGAUGAGAUGGAUAUUUCAAACUGGCCGUACUUUUCUGCCCUGAAAUUUUUGAUUCCUGUACUUUGUACAAAUAUGACACAAUCUUCACACACGAACGCAUCAGCGCCUGUUGUUGAACGGAAAGCAGAGAUAGAAGAAUACACGACCGAUAAGAAUGCAGAAAGUGAAGAGGAUGAAACAAUUCAGUUCGUGCAACCACAGAAAAAACACAAGCGCGAAGAUGAUAAUAUUAGGGAUCAGUUAUUUAAAUUGGCAUUCGAAACCCUCGUAAAACAGCCCAAUGAUUACGAUACGUUUGGCCAAUAUGUAGCGUUAGAAUUAAAAUCUUUAAAAUCGGAUUUUAAUAGAGCUAGAUUAAAAAGCGAAAUUCGCAAAAUAAUUGUCCAAAUCGCGGACGAAGAUCUUUACGGAACUACUUCAAAUACAUCAUCUUCUAUUUCAGACACGAUAGCAAGGAUAAAGAACGACGCAGACCAACUUACUCUAUCAAUGCAAUCUUGACCAAAUUAAACUCUUCAAACAUAUGCAGAAUUUGAAUAUUAUUAAUACUGUAAAAUAAAGUGUUUUUAAUUCUU